AUCCCAUCAACCCACUUAGCCCCGCCUACCCCCACUAAGCCGCGCCCCCCCCACAGCCCCGCGUCGGCCGCUUCGCGUUGGGAGCGCGAGACGCUGAGGGAGAUAAAAGGCGGGAGACGAUGGCGAGCGCGCGAUAAGGAACGAGGAGAGCGAGAGAGAGACGAGAAAGAUAAACAUUUAAAGGCAAUCGCGGAUUAAAGGUCACAACCGCUGAGGACAGAGGAAGGCGGGCAGCAGGCCGGCUCGGAGCGGGCCGCCGUCGUUGGGCCGAGACGAGGAGGAGAAGAAGUUGAGAUUUGAGGAGAGACCGCAUCAAGUUCUUCUUCUUACCCGGAGUCGAACUCGGUAGAACUUUCACCCUUGGCUCUGCGGCUCGAUGUAGAUGCUACCACCGCCAUCUAUUGCGUGGCGGUUAAACUUACAACUCUGGGUCCGAACAGACAACUGGACGCACGGACAGGUCGACUCGGCCCUCAAAUGGGUGCCAACCGCGCAUGCAGUCUGUGAACAUCACCGCUGGGGGAGACAAAGAUGGCCGGGCGUGGGAUCUGGCCACACCACUGCUCGUGCCGCCUGUGCCAUCCCUCGUCGGUGCUCGCCCAACAGCACUUGCCCUGCAGCCUUUGUUGGCUGCACAAGAGGGGGAGCAACCAUGCUCGGCCGCGGGGUGAAGAGGAAGGCUCCGAGAGACGACGAAGAUGAGGUGGACGACGAGGAGGAGGCGAGUCGGUGGUGCGGACUGCAUGCCGGGCUGCAGGCCCCCGCCCACCCGGUGAGCCGCCAGGCCAUGCUGGACCUGUCCCUGCGCAAGCUGCACACGCCGCUGCGCCGCCGCUCCGAGCCGUGCCUGCGCCGCGCGUUGCUCAUCGCCAACACGCUGCGGCACGUCCACGACGAGGGCCGGCGCGAUGCGGCGGCCGCCGCCGCCGCCCCCCCCUCCCACGUCUCGCGGACGCCCGACGGUGACGACGAGAAACUGGAAUCGCUCUCGGCCGCCAUCGCCGCCGUCCUCAAAGACCUCGAGUUCGUGGAAGACGCAGCGGGACAGCCGUGUGACGCCGCCGUGCUGGUGCCGCCCCCUUCCCUGCAGCACCAGCUGCAGCAGCACCAGCAGCAGCAGCGGCAGCACCAGCAGCAGCGCAUGGACGCGCUGUUUGGCGUGGCGGCGGUGGCGGCGGCCGGCGGCGGCGGCGGCGGCACCGCCACGGGUUUCCUGACAGAGCUGGCGCUGGAGGACAUCUUCUGGGAGCCCGACGCCAUCGUAGACGUGUGGGGCCUGGCGAGGGGCGCCGCCGCGGUGGCGGCCGCCGCGGCGGCGUCGCCGUUCUCGGUGGCGGCGCUCGACGACGGCGGCGGCUCGCGGCCGUUCGCGGGCGGCGCCGCGACGGCGGCGGCGGCGGUGCCGUCGCCGCUGUCGCCGCAGCCGUGCCGCGUCGACGCCACCGACAUCGGCGAUCUGAGCUUGGAGGUCAUGGUGCGGUCGUAGGUGUGAUGCAGCGUCGAUCGGCCGACGUGAGAGCGGGACGGCCGCCCUGCGCGAUUGUAACCGGUGCGUCGCCUUCGCGGUUACCUUGGUGGAUUUUUUGGGACUGCGUCCGCCCCGGGUGGCGCCGUCGCGUCGCGGUGGAUCGGGCACCGGCGCGAGCGGACAACUCCGGAGGGGUCGACUCGGCCCAGUGAGCUCAACUUUGCUGGGGCUCUGGACAGCCGGGGGUUGACCGAGUGCUGCCGGCGAAAAUGUGCGCUUGUGUGUGCGGAGACAAUGAACAAAGACAAAAUCAUCAUUCGAGCAACCAUUAAUUUAAAGUAUUUAUAUCGUCGCGACGGCAGCGUGAGGACCGGUGGCGUUUACGCGUACGCAGACGCCUAUUUAUGAGUUAGUUUUUUCCUCUCUAGUUUAAUUUAAAUUUGAGGUGAAUUAAGUUUUUUUGUAUUAUCGUCUUAGGACGAAUGAAUUGAAAGAAAAAAAAUUGUACAUAAGUUGCGGACGAGAUGGCGUGGAUCACGUCCCGGGUGCCGUGGAGAACAAAUCCACAUCUUUACUUUUCAAAUACAUAUAUAUGUAACAUUAAAACAAGUCGAGAACAAACAAGCGUUUUCCACUGGCACAUCCGAGCCGAGGUAAGCCGGCACGGAAUACAGUCGUGGGUUUUUUCACUACUGACCGCCCCACGCCGUUCCGUACCAGAAAAAAACCCGCGGUCAGGGCUGUGGCCUCGCAACAAACAACGAGACGCCCAAAUCUAUCCCCGGCGGCCCACGGCAGGGCAACGGGCGAGGCCGGUGACGCGUUCGCCGUCGUCGCGUGGACGUCGGCACACCGCGGGAACCGCGGUGUCACCGCGUCUCCACUUGUACGCUCUCCGUGCGACGUGAGUGGUGGAAAAUCAAAGCUAGUGCCGCCCACUCCAACCACCACUCCCCCCCCCCCAUUCCCUCCAUGAACCGUACCGGGCCAGGCCCGACACGGUUCCCCGGCACGGCGCACGGCUCGGUUGUGUCGGUGGAAGAGAGGUGGCAAGAGGGGACAAGGAGCGGUAUUUUUGUAGACGGGGUGCAGUGUUGCGGAUUGUGUGACUGAGCAAAGUGCCUGGAAGUGAGGCGGUGAGCCGUGCCGUGCGAGUUCCUCCCGUGGAGCCAGCCGCGUGGACCAUACCAAGCGGGUGGUGGGGGGGGAAGACGGUAACACGCGAGGCUCAGCGCGAUCGUCAAUUGCACUGCGGCCCUUAAACGGUAAAAUAAAUAUAUAAUGUGUCUCUUACGCUCACGGUGCCGGCGCGUUAAAGGUCACUUACGUGAAGAUCAUUUACGUGCGAUGAAGAAAGGGCAUUUCCUGAAACGUCGCCUCUAUGAAAAUCUAUUUUUUUUGUUCAUCAUCAGGCCGCUGUGCUGUUGACGAAUGUGAGGGGUGUUUUGUUAGUUUGCUGUUGACGCCAACGCAGCGGCAACGGCAGCAGCGGCUUCGCGAAAUAACUUGUUUAAUUUCAGCCGGAAAAUGGACCACUGCAACCAACCGACGGAAAGCCAGCGGCUCCGAUGUGAACCGCCAAACGGCCAAAACGACCGGUCUUCCGAAUUAUUCCGCUAAAUUCCUUCGCCGCCACUGGAGGGAGCACUUGAGAGAGCCGCCCCCUCUAGAGGGGACGCAGGCGCAAGUCCCCAGUUAUGUGUUUUUUCUUUUUUGACUUUCAAAGAAUCGUCAAACCCGUGGCGCAACCCGUGCAGGUUUGGGUGCGUCGGGCCACCAAAGCCACGGGCACGCGCGCGGUGCAUUUAAACUAAUUUUUUUUUAUAUUUUGCUAGGUAAGGCCCGCUUACCCGACGAUGGCUCUUCCUCCGUCAGCCGCUUUGGUUGUAACUCCACGCUGCCGUUAUGUUUUGGCGGUCACAAAAAAUAUCCCGACGCUUCCCCACCCACCCUCCCCCCCCCCAACGUACGACUCUAGCAGCCCCCCCUCCGCCGUGAAUCCUCUGUCCGGGUUGUUUGCUCCCCGGUAGUUCCACGGGCAAAAUGCGAAACUCGCUAGAACGCAUGAACGCGGCCCUCCCGGAUUGGGACCGCGCCUUUGAGCACGGUUUUGCACCCACGAGAUUUUACCCACGCGCCACUGCGGGCACGCGGAGGUGGGGACGGGUCCGGGGGGGGCGGGGGUGGCAUGUCCACGAGUUGAAUGCAACGGUGGAAGUAAGAAAAUGCUCCACGCGCGGCCCCAAGCUUUUGCACGCACUACUGCGAGGGGGGGGGGAACGGGGAGGGGCACGUUCGUUCGUGGGUCGAGUGCAACGGUCGAAGUAAAGAGACGCUCGGACCCGCAGCGCAACCCGGGAAACCGCGCUCGGAUUGCAAGCGGCCGCGAGAACUGUCGGCCCACGGGUAAAAUGUACGAAUGAAUGCUCGUGAGUUGAAUGAAAAGCAUCUCGGCAUAUAUAGAGGACUGCAGAGCUCGGGGAAUUGUUGGUAAAGCCGGCUCCUCACCGCCGGGCUGCCGCCGCCCUCCCACUCGUCUGUGGCUUCUGGACGAUUGCGAGAGACGCAGUUUGCGUGGAUGACGACGAUGAUGUAGAAUUAAAAAAAAAAAUCAAAAACUCAAUCCGCGUACGUACGUGCGUUGUACGUCCUUUGCGCUGUACGUAGCCAAUCGUGCGAAUCGGUGGUGCGGGCGGAAGGACAACGAGCUAAACGCAAGAAGGGGAGCGAUCUUGUUGCGGGAUGUUUGUGAAAGAGUCAGAGUUUCGUGUCGCCCGGUAAACUCUGUUCUCUCUUCAGCAAGGUCAAAGUAAAGUUGCAGCGGCCCUGCGAUUUCUUGGUCAACGCCACUCACUGCUGGAGGAGGUGGGCGGGGUGUGGGGGGGUAGUGUUUUGGCCUACUCUUCCACGUUGGCCAGACCGUCUUGGAAGUGGUGGGAAGAGGAGUACCCACACAUGAUGAUGAUGAUGGCAAUUGAGCAAUGUAACUAAUUAAUAAACAUUUUGAAUGAACGAA